AAAACAUUGGUUAAGUAUAGAUCCCCUUAGUAUCCCUUGUUGGUAUUGUUACUCCUGAGCCUUUAUCUUCAUACGGUGACCCACCAAACAUAAUUUAUGUCGAAGAAACGGCACUUUGGACCUAUGUCCGCCCAUGCAUCAUCCUCGAAAACGCCCUUAAAGAGGGUUGCAGAGCCUGAACCUGAGCACGAGUCCUCGCGCGGCGGAAAGAAAAGAAGGAAGAGGUUACUUUCACGCGUAAUGGAUUCAGACGCGUCAGAGGAAUCAACCGUACACGACUCGUCCGUGCCCAACGUCGCGGCACAGCCACAGCCUUCUGAGCCAAAAGAGCUCACAUUGCCUAAAGAAACGCUGAUCUAUGCACCCCCCGACGACGAAUACGACGAAGAUGAGAAUUUUCAGGUUAUAGGCGAAACCGACCCCGCUGAACUCUCCGACUCUGGCAAUUCUGCGCAUGUACCUGUACGCAUAUUAACAGAUUUCGCCAUAUACGAGUGCACGACACAACAGCUAGUGCCAAUCGGUGAGCUAAUUAACGUCAACCAUGCGGUGAACAACAAUAUGUACCGAGCGUCCGGUUACGUAAAAUCCCAUAUGGAUGAGGAUGAAUACUGCGACGAUGACUGCGACGACGACGAUGACGGAAAUGGUAUGUCUAACGACGAGGAUUGCCUCCAACGGAUUCGUUUGACAGAGAUACGGAAGUUCACGAUUCACGACAUACGACAGCGCACUAGAGAACUUGACGACAAGUUGUAUAUCCUAACGAACCAUGCUUGGUAUAUUCUCGAUCGUCCUUCGGAACAAUACGUCCCCUUCUUCCGUGAUUUGUGGCUGAAGCAUCGAGUUGCCCAUCUUCUUGUGUCUAUGGCCCUGGCCAACCCACGGUUGACUUAUAAAGAUUUUGUUUCUGCCCUUCACAUAACUCCUGACUCGCCUGAAGAAGUUUCUGUUGCAUUAACCAUCAUCGGGCGUGAGCUCGAUGAGAAUGACAUACAGUGUGAUGACAUUAAAACUUAUCUUUUUGUAACACUCGACGAGCUUCGCGAUGACAAAAUCCGUGUUGGGCGCACUCCGGUGGUGAAGGACAUCCUCGGACAAGAAAUGUCUUAUCAGUUGAUGGAGGAAACUGCUCCCGCCUCCCGCUCGCGUACCCAGCGGCCGCCCCAGAGUCGUUCGUCGAGUUCUAACAACAUCGAGAAAGAAGUUCUCAAGCACAGGAACAAAACCGUCACAACACCCGUCGUCGGAAGGGUCGCACAACGAUUAUUCGAAAAUAUCAAGAUUGCUGGACAACUCGUGGACGAGGGCAAGGAUAUAUCGGACGACACGCCACGACAUCCUUCUAAAAUACAUGCCGCUAACCCGAACUCUGUGGAGUGGCUGGAUGCCGUGGAUGGCUAUACCGACUUCUAUAAUUCUGUUCGCGUGGACGGCGUAAAGUACUCAGUCGGAGAUGCUGUCAUUGUCGUACCUGGAGAAGACGAGGAUACUGCUCGUGCAAAAUCCUACAAGUACCAGCCCUCCCAGUCGACGAACAAACUUGCAAACGAUUAUUGGUUUUGCAUGAUUCGGUACUUUUUCGAGGACGAUGAGGGCGUCAAGAAGUUCCAUGCGCAGUGGUUCACUCACAGCUCGAAGACAUUGCUCCAAGAAGCGGGACAUUCACAUGCGCUUUAUCUGAUGCUCUCCGACUGCAGCGACGUUGAAAUUGACGCCAUCUCGCAAAAAUGUAAUGUUCGUGAACUUCCAAUGGACAGUUUCCAACCAGACGAGUCAACUCUUGACGACGACAACGAUUUUCACUCUGGACUUAUGUUCAACAGCCUCGAGUCCAGUUUCGUUCGCCUCUCAGACUUAGAAACUCAAACACUCCUCAGUUUCUGCGAUGACCAUAAGCAGUGCCUCGCUUGCGGUUACAAGGAACGCGCGUCGAAUUUCACUGAUUCACGAGCCCUUCGAGAUGGGUUCUCUCAUAACGAUGUAAACUACCAUAAGGGAGACUUUGCGUAUAUCUCAACGGGCCAUAACAGUGUCUAUCAAAUUGGCCAAGUGGAGGAUUUCAAAAUAAAAAGGGGCAAGUGCACCGAGGUCAUCAUUCGACUCUUUGGGCGCUACGAUGACAUUGCCCGGAAAGUCGGACAUGGCAUUGAUAAGCCAAAAGGAGCCUCUUCUGAUGAGCGGCGCUUGUUUCGUUCACAGAGCCGGGAGAAAACAAGACCCGACAAUGUCAGAGGACAAUGUUUCGUCAUUCAUGAAACGGACAACACUGCUAUAGAUGCUUGGGUCACUCACGACGAUCACUUCUACGUGAACGAAUGCGCUGAUUCCCUCGACAUACAUUCGCUCGAUGACCUACAACCGUGGUCAGGAAAUCAUUUUUGGCAUUGCGUUGAAUGCCACGAAGAGCACCAAGCUCAUCUAACACGCCGGGCUCAACAGUUGAAGAGAUUCGGCCCGCUUCGAGGGCUGGAACUGUUUGCUGGUGCGGGUGGCCUCGGAACUGGAUUGGAUAUGUCUGGCUUCGUGGAGACAAGAUACGCGGUUGAGUUUUCUCCAGGAGCAGCGAAAACUUACAAGCAAAAUCACCCUGAUGUGACGGUAUACAAUCAAUGCACAAACAUAUGCCUCCAGCACGCCAUUGAUGUCGCUGAUGGGAAUAAUCCCGACCCCCUCUUCUCUCUGGGAGAUCAGAAGCGCCUACCCUCGAUGCCUAAGCCGGGCGAAGUUGAUUUCAUCUAUGGUGGUCCGCCAUGCCAGUCCUUUUCAAAGCUGAAUCACGCGAAGAGAGAUGAUGACAUACGGUCCACGCUCGUCUGCAACAUGAUUGCAUACGUAGAGUUCUACCGACCGAUGUACUUCCUCUUGGAGAACGUUGGCGGAAUCCUGGAACAUGCAUUGAAGGGAAAAACUGUGGCUUCGGGCGUUGUGAAAUUCAUUCUCGCCGCCCUCCUUGCCUUAAACUACCAGAUCGAAUAUAAUGUUCUUCACGCAGGAAACUAUGGCGCGCCCCAAGCACGCAGGCGGGUUCUGUUCGUGGCGGCCAGGCAAGGAGUCGCCCUUCCGGAGUUCCCAAUCCCGACACACUUCUUUCCUCACACAAAAGUACAGCGCGUCAAGUUACCUACUGGUGCAUACUUAGGACCUGUUACGCGCUUGAAGUACGGCGACAACAAAGCUGACCUCUCCGCUCCGCUGCAUUUCGUGACGAUCCAUGAAGCCAUUGGUGAUUUGCCUCCGUUCGACUGGGUAAACCCACACACCACCAUCUCGAAAACUGCUGCUGAUAGAGCGGUGGAGCGCAAGCGCAAAGACGAGCUUGGGAUCCCGUCUUUUUCCGCGCUGCAUUCUGCAAGAACUCCAGCAGACCCGUACGCUGGUUACUCGAAGCCAUGUCAAUAUCCUAGUGGGCCACUAUCCCGCUACCAGAAGCUCAUGCGACAGGGAAGCAAAAAGCUUCAGUAUCAUUAUACCAAACGCUUCGGGGAUAUCGUCAUUGAAAGAACUUUAAAUGUGCCUCUGAGAGUGGGAGCUAAUCAUUUCGACCUGCCCAUGGAGCUGCACACCGGACUCUCGAAGCACGAGAACGCUAGGACAAAAUACAAAGCUGUCUACCAGCGGCUGGAUGCGGACAUGUACUUCUCGACUGCACUGACCACGGUGCUGCCGAAUAAUAAAAGCGGUCAAGUAUUGCAUCCUUCGCAAAAACGCAUCCUUACGGUCCGUGAAUGUGCUCGUGCGCAAGGGUUCCCGGAUAGCUACGAAUUCGUCUCAGUGAACAAGGGGAAGGCGAUGGCAAAGGCUAUCGAUGAUCAAUUCAGACAGAUCGGUAAUGCGGUACCUACACCAUUGGCUCUAGCUCUCGGGAAGGCUUUUGGAGGGGCGAUGUCCAAAAUGUGGGAUGCAGAGCCUAGCAGGGAUGCGAGUCCGAUUGUGUGAUGGUAUCGAUAGAAACAUAAAGCAUGUUUGUAGUAUAUCAUUAUCACCGACGGCUGGUUAUACCCUAGUCAUAGCCGCGUUCAUACCACCUUGACUCUUAUGCGUAUAGAUGGAUAGCUGCUAAAUGUCUGUUAAAUGGUGGUCGUUUACAUGGGAACCUAGUGGAAUGACAC